AUGGGAAUGAACAAGUGGAUCAAAGGAGAUCCAAGCAAGCAAGUGAAGGAUGAGGAUGAGGAUGAGGAUGAGGAUGAUGAUGAUGAUGAUGAUGAUGAUGAUGAUGAUGAUGAUGAUGAUGAUGAUGAUGAUGAUGAUGAUGAUGAUGAUGAUGAUGAUGAUGAUGAUGAUGAUGAUGAUGAUGAUGAUGAUGAUGAUGAUGAUGAUGAUGAUGAUGAUGAUGAUGAUGAUGAUGAGGAUGAUGAUGAUGAUGAUGAUGAUGAUGAUGAUGAUGAUGAUGAUGAUGAUGAUGAUGAUGAUGAUGAUGAUGAUGAUGAUGAUGAUGAUGAUGAUGAUGAUGAUGAUGAUGAUGAUGAUGAUGAUGAUGAUGAUGAUGAUGAUGAUGAUGAUGAUGAUGAUGAUGAUGAUGAUGAUGAUGAUGAUGAUGAUGAUGAUGAUGAUGAUGAUGAUGAUGAUGAUGAUGAUGAUGAUGAUGAUGAUGAUGAUGAUGAUGAUGAUGAUGAUGAUGAUGAUGAUGAUGAUGAUGAUGAUGAUGAUGAUGAUGAUGAUGAUGAUGAUGAUGAUGAUGAUGAUGAUGAUGAUGAUGAUGAUGAUGAUGAUGAUGAUGAUGAUGAUGAUGAUGAUGAUGAUGAUGAUGAUGAUGAUGAUGAUGAUGAUGAUGAUGAUGAUGAUGAUGAUGAUGAUGAUGAUGAUGAUGAUGAUGAUGAUGAUGAUGAUGAUGAUGAUGAUGAUGAUGAUGAUGAUGAUGAUGAUGAUGAUGAUGAUGAUGAUGAUGAUGAUGAUGAUGAUGAUGAUGAUGAUGAUGAUGAGGAUGAGGAUGAGGAUGAGGAUGAGGAUGAGGAUGAGGAUGAGGAUGAGGAUGAGGAUGAGGAUGAGGAUGAGGAUGAGGAUGAGGAUGAGGAUGAGGAUGAGGAUGAGGAUGAGGAUGAGGAUGAGGAUGAUGAUGAUGAUGAUGAUGAUGAUGAUGAUGAUGAUGAUGAUGAUGAUGAUGAUGAUGAUGAUGAUGAUGAUGAUGAUGAUGAUGAUGAUGAUGAUGAUGAUGAUGAUGAUGAUGAUGAUGAUGAUGAUGAUGAUGAUGAUGAUGAUGAUGAUGAUGAUGAUGAUGAUGAUGAUGAUGAUGAUGAUGAUGAUGAUGAUGAUGAUGAUGAUGAUGAUGAUGAUGAUGAUGAUGAUGAUGAUGAUGAUGAUGAUGAUGAUGAUGAUGAUGAUGAUGAUGAUGAUGAUGAUGAUGAUGAUGAUGAUGAUGAGGAUGAGGAUGAUGAUGAGGAUGAUGAUGAUGAUGAGGAUGAUGAUGAUGAUGAUGAUGAUGAUGAUGAUGAUGAUGAUGAUGAUGAUGAUGAUGAUGAUGAUGAUGAUGAUGAUGAUGAUGAUGAUGAUGAUGAUGAUGAUGAUGAUGAUGAUGAUGAUGAUGAUGAUGAUGAUGAUGAUGAUGAUGAUGAUGAUGAUGAUGAUGAUGAUGAUGAUGAUGAUGAUGAUGAUGAUGAUGAUGAUGAUGAUGAUGAUGAUGAUGAUGAUGAUGAUGAUGAUGAUGAUGAUGAUGAUGAUGAUGAUGAUGAUGAUGAUGAUGAUGAUGAUGAUGAUGAUGAUGAUGAUGAUGAUGAUGAUGAUGAUGAUGAUGAUGAUGAUGAUGAUGAUGAUGAUGAUGAUGAUGAUGAUGAUGAUGAUGAUGAUGAUGAUGAUGAUGCAGAAGAAGGAAACUCACACGCAGCGGAAAGCAGUAUGGGUCAUACUUCGGCGCAAUCCUAA